AUGGAAUCGAAAAAUACAUUGAGUCCUUUUUGGGCUGAAAAAUACAAACGGGAAUCCAAAAAAUCAUGGGAUAAAUUUUAUAAACGAAAUGAGACUCGAUUUUUUCGAGAUCGACAUUGGCUGGAUAGAGAAUUUGAUAAAUACUUUGGAUUACCUAACAAGGAUCCAUUGAGACUAUUGGAAGUAGGCUGUGGAGUUGGAAAUUUGGUUUAUCCAUUGCUGGAGGUACAACCAAAUUUAAAGGUUUAUUGUUGUGAUUUUAGCCCCCGUGCCAUUGAGUUUGUAAGAAAGCAUGAGCAAUUUAAUGAAUCCAAAGUUGUUCCUUUCGUAUGCGAUAUAACAGAAGAUCGGCUGGAACAAUGGGUCUCACCUGGUUUUGUGGAUACUGUGACAGCCAUUUUUGUACUUUCAGCGCUUCCUCGUGAAAAGCAACAGAAUGCUAUUCAUAAUCUGUCAUCAGUAUUGAAUCCCAAAGGACAUCUGGUAUUUCGCGAUUACUGUGAUGGAGACUUUGCUCAGGAGAAGUUUCAACAAAGCUCCGAUCCUUCUCUCAUAGAUGAGCGAACCUUUGUUCGUCAGGAUGGGACAAUAUCAUAUUUUUUCGUUGAACAAGAACUUAAUCAAUGGAUGGAGAAUGCUGGUCUUCGUUUAAUCUCGCUGGAUCGAGUUAACCGAACGGUCGACAAUCGUAAACGAAAUCUUAGUAUGAAUCGAACAUUUCUUCAAGGGGUUUGGGAAAAAAUGUAG